GUACUGGUACGAGAAUCAGCCCCAAUAAUUACACCAUCCUUGAACUCCACAGCCAUGAUGGUGGUCUGCAAGGGAAUCAGAAUUUUAACAUCCGGAAGGGUUGAAUGGGUUGAAUGAGACAUUCCUGAAGAUUUCCCAUUUUCUCAUGAAAAACUCAUAAAUUCAUUGAAUACUCACCCCAGUGCUGUGCUUGGCAGUCAUCCAAUCAUUUCCAAAAUCCAUGGUGAGACUUUUAGAAGGAAUUUCACGAGAUUUGGGAGGAAAAUUCAGAGAAAAUUACAAAGCAAAAUUGUUUUGGGGAAUUUUUGAGGUUAGUUUUGCAAUGACAAAGCUCCUUUCGUCUUCGUGUGCGAUCGGCUGCAUUCGGAAUGAGGUCGUCCACGUACGUGUUGAAGAAAAACUUCAGCAUGGUCAGUGUUUGUUUACAUUCUCAAUCGAGAUCAAAACAUUUUAUUUCUUUUGGAAAGAAAAUCAGGAAAAAUCAUUGCAAAGAAUGUCAAACGACACACAAGGUUCUGAAGAGUUUAAACUUGAUGUAGACUGUGAGUUGAGGUUUGAGAUUGAGAGUAAGGAUGAGAAAGUAACAGUUGAGCUUGUUUCUGGUCAUGCGGAGUUGUUUGGGACGGAAUUAGUAAAGGGCAAGCCGUAUGAGUUCACGACGGGAGCUAAGGUGGCAAUUUUCACGUACCACGGAUGUACAUUGAAGCUCCGCGGGAAGACAGAUGUGAGCUAUGUGGCGAAGGAGACACCAAUGAUUCAGUACUUGAAUUGCCAUUCUGCACUUGAGGAUAUGCGCGCCAGAGCUGAAGAUGACGGCACUAAUGGGCCCAUUGUGAUGAUUGUGGGGCCAACAGAUGUGGGAAAGACCACCCUGUGUCGUAUUCUCCUAAACUACGCCGUGCGUCAGGGCAGGAGUCCAUUGUACGUCGAUCUGGACCCGGGACAGGGUAGUAUUUCCAUUCCGGGAACCAUUGGUGCGCUAUUGGUUGAACGUCCGGCCACAGUGGAGGAGGGAUUCUCACAGAAAGCUCCCCUGGCUUACCAUUUUGGCCACAAAUCCCCUGGGGAUAAUGAUGUCCUCUACCAGGCACUCAUGUCAAAGCUGGCGGAAGUUGUUCUGGACGCUCUGAAGGCCAACAAACGUGCCAAAGUUUCCGGAGUUGUCAUAAACACUUGUGGUUGGGUUAAGGGAGCCGGGUACAGGCAUCUCGUGCACGCUGCCAAGGAAUUUGAGGUUGGAGCUGUGUUUGUGAUCGAUCAGGAACGCCUCUACAAUGAACUCCUCCGUGAUAUGCCGAAUUUCGUGAAAGUUGUCUUCCUGCCCAAAAGUGGUGGCGUUGUGGAACGCAGCAAGGCAGCACGUGCUGAGAAUCGUGAUCUACGCAUCCGGGAAUACUUCUACGGCAACAAAUCUCCACUCUACCCCCAUUCGUUCGAUGUGAAAUUCAGCGAGAUGAAAGUCUUCAAAAUUGGCGCCCCAUCGCUUCCGGAUUCGUGCAUGCCGCUCGGGAUGAAGGCAGAGGACAAUAUGACAAAGCUGGUGGCUGUGCAGCCGGGACUGAAUUUGCUGCAUCACAUUUUGGCCGUUAGUUUUGCCGAAUCCGCCGAAGAUGAUGUGAUUCAGACAAAUGUUGCGGGAUUCGUGUGCGUUGGGCAGGUGGAUAUGGAGCGACAAGUUGUGACGAUACUAUCACCCCAACCACGACCACUUCCAAAUACAAUUCUUCUCUUCUCUGACCUACAAUUUGUCGAUAAUCACUGAUUUAGAAAACUUCAGUGACCUUGAAAUGUGGAUAAAAAUCGAAUAAGAUGGAUUCAUAAAUCAACCUGAAUUUCCUGGUUCAUUUAUUUUGUUGCAAAGACUAAUUUUAUUGUACAAAUAGUUAAUAUUUUAUGAAAUUGAGUAAAUAAAAUGAAUUAAAAAGUGAA